CGACGCCACACGCUUCCCGGAAGUAGGAGGCGUCCGGCGGAGUUUGUGUGGCGGCCGCCGCGGGAACGUGAGCGCGGUAGUUUUUCAAGGGAGAAAGGCGGCUUUCGCGGGGCUCGGUGGAGUGGCAGCGAGCGUCAGCGGCCGUCUCCCGGCGCGAGAGGCGGCAUGGAGGACGAGAGGAGCCGGGAGCGUGGCGGCGACGCGGCGCAGCAGAAGACACCGCGGCCGGAGUGUGAGGAGUCCCGGCCGCUGAGCGUGGAGAAAAAGCAGCGAUGCAGACUUGAUGGCAAAGAGACAGAUGGAUCUAAGUUCAUUUCCUCCAAUGGCAGUGACUUCAGUGACCCUAUUUACAAAGAGAUCGCAAUAACAAAUGGUUGUAUCAACAGAAUGAGUAAGGAGGAACUAAGAGCCAAACUUUCAGAAUUUAAGCUUGAAACAAGAGGAGUCAAGGAUGUUCUGAAGAAGAGACUGAAAAACUAUUACAAGAAGCAGAAGCUGAUGCUGAAAGAAAGCAAUGCUGUGGACAGUUACUAUGACUAUAUUUGUAUUAUUGACUUUGAGGCUACUUGUGAAGAGGGGAACCCAGCUGAGUUCCUACAUGAAAUUAUUGAGUUUCCUGUCGUUCUGUUGAAUACACACAGCUUAGAAAUCGAAGAUACCUUCCAGCAGUAUGUGAGGCCGGAAGUUAAUGCUCAGCUUUCAGAGUUCUGCAUCACGCUUACUGGAAUUACUCAGGAUCAGGUAGACAGAGCCGAUGCUUUCCCCCAGGUCCUGAAAAAGGUCAUCGAGUGGAUGAAGUCAAAGGAGCUGGGAACGAAGUACAAGUACUGCAUAUUGACGGAUGGUUCCUGGGAUAUGAGUAAGUUCUUAAAUAUCCAGUGCCAGCUCAGCAGACUCAAAUACCCUUCGUUUGCUAAAAAGUGGAUCAAUAUUCGAAAGUCAUACGGAAACUUUUAUAAGGUUCCCAGAAGCCAGACCAAACUAACAAUAAUGCUUGAGAAAUUAGGAAUGGAUUAUGAUGGGCGGCCUCACAGUGGCCUUGAUGACUCUAAGAACAUUGCUAGAAUAGCAGUUCGAAUGCUUCAGGAUGGAUGUGAACUUCGAAUCAAUGAAAAAAUACUUGGAGGACAACUGAUGAGUGUGUCCUCCUCCUUACCAAUAGAGGGCGCUCCAGCUCCACAGAUGCCACAUAGUAGAAAGUAACUGCUUUUCUGUCUGAUCAGUUGCUACAAAGGUAGCAGGUGAAUGAAUCUGAGCUAAUGCAACCUUCAAGCACCUUAAACAUUACGAUCUUACUACAAUUACAGAUAGAUGGAUAUGUAUGCAGACAUUUUGCGGGAGGACACACCAAAUUCUUUGUCACCAGCACUUUUGAUAUGAGCAGUAUUUGUUACACACAGUAACCAGACCCUGCUUAGAACUGAGUUUUAUAAUGUAAGGUGUCCAAGAUGUGUUCCUUUGCUUUUAAGAUGGAGGUUUUAUUGGUUCAUUCUUUGGACAUCAUAUCUUAUUGAUAUUGAAAUUUAAAAUGAAUUUCUACAUUACCACCAUUAAAUUAAAUACAUCUUUUGAUAGUGUGGAAAGGAUUGAAAGGUAAUGUUUGCCCAUUGAAUUUUAAGUAAAACAAGGUCAUGUUUUAAUUUUGUAAGUUUGUGGGUGAAGUGAGGGGUUUGUUCCAGAACUACUGUGUGUGGGUACCAGAUUCUACAAGGGUCAAAGUUCUAUAGUUCAAAUGCCAUAAUGUUUAUAUAUAAUCUAUACAUUCUCCUGUAUAUUUUAAUGAUCUCUAGGUAGCUUAUACUUAAUAAACUAUAAAGAAAUAGUCAUAUUGUUUAGGGAAUAAUGAUAAAUGGUGCAAGUUGGCGUAGACACAACUAUAGUGGGCCUUGCUACAUAGCACACGAGUAAGUUGCUCAGCCAGCACGAGCUGGAAAGAAACCAAGAUCUGAGAUGGUGAAGGUGACAGCAGCUGUCUUCCUCUCCUCUCCCCCCCCCCCCCCCCCAGUCACUCACCUCUGGUCUACUUAACAAAGUGCUUGCUGAGCGGCAAAUUCAGAUGUUUCUUCUUAGAACAUUUUCUGUACAUCUGCAUAUAUCCUGUAUUCAAGCCAGGUAGUUGUUUCUAAAGGUGCCUACUUUGACAGCCCUGAACACACAUGAUAACCCAGUUUGAUCCCCAGAACACACAUGAUAGACUGAGAGAAUCAAGUAUGUUCCCCUGAUCCUCAACAUGCACACCAUUGGAACUUCACCCACGUAUACACACACAUAUGUGUCCAAAACCAGCAAAAUGUAAUAAAAUACUGGGACCAGUUUCUUCUUAUAACUGGAAACCUUGUAAUAGGUCAUAGGAUUUAGUUAAAAAUCUAGUUACUGGAGGCUGGCGAGAUGGCUCAGUGGUUAAAAGCAGUUGCUGCUCUUGUAGAAGAUCCGGGUUCAAUUCCCAGAACCCACAUGGUGGCUCACAACCAUCUCUAAGUUUCAGAGAAUCCAACAGGCAAAACAUUCAUAAACAUAAAAUAACUAAAUGUAAAAUACUGAGUUGGAGAGAUGACUCAGAAGUUAAGAGUGCUGGCUACUCUUUCAGAGGUCCUGAGUUCAGUCCCCAGCAACCACAUGGUGGCUCACAGCCACCUCCAAUGAGACUGCUGCCCUCUUCUGGCAUGCAGGCAGAAUACUGUAUAUAUAAUCUUUUUUUAAAAAAAUCAAAUUACUGAUCAGAUUAAUGGAAAGUUAGGAAAGCCAUCCUGGUAGCACAGACGUGUAAUUUCAAUACUUAAGAGUUGAGGCACUGGUGAAUCUGAGGCCACUCAGAGCCAUAUGAUACCCUGACUCCAAAACGUGUUAGUAGAAAAUACAAGUGUAAUUUUGAGAGCUAUAACUUAAAAAUCAAUGGGAGUUUCUGAAGAUUUGCUCAUUGGCUUCUCUUCUUUGUGAAUGUGUAUUUGCCCUGCUUUGAGAUUGACUUACAGCUCAUGAUAAACAUUUGUGUGUAGAACUGUCAGAUGAAAUGUUUUGUGCCAUAGUAAAGUACCUGGCGUGUCUUAGUGAGUGAUCAGUAUAUAUUGGAAAAUAAUUCCUGUUUCUAAAGUCCAAAUGUGCUCCUGGGAUGAUGUAAAGCUAUCUAGAGGCUGGAAGUGUGGACUUUUGGAAUUAAACCUCUCUCACUUUUCAUGGACCAA